GUUUCCCUUAUGACCUUGUUUUUUUUUAACAGAAAAGUAAAUAUCUAUUCAUAUCAUGGAUGAAGUUUGUUCCACUCAACCUACUGACUUUAUAAAUAAUGAUGUAAUCAGUAAACCAAUCGAUAAGGUUCCUGUUUUAAGUGUUUAUGCAUCUGAAAAGAAAAUUAUGGAAUAUCCACUUGUGAAAAAGUAUGUAACUAUUGGGCGAGAUCCAAAAUGUGAUAUAUACAUUAAAUCUUCAUUACUUUCAAGAGAACAUGCAAUAUUUGAAUUAGAUGAAAAUUAUAUUUGUACUAUAACAGAUCUUGGUUCACUAAAUGGUACAAAACGUAAUGAUUUACAUUUGAAACCUAAAAUAAAUUAUGAAUUAAGAGAUGGUGAUUGUUUGUAUUUUGGUGGGAUUUAUUGCACUUUGAAUUUUUGUCUUUCUUCAUCUACAUCAUCGUUAUGUCUUCUUAAUCCAUUUCAUAAAGAUUCAAAGUCACUUGAACUAUCUUUACAGAAAACUAAUCCGGAUACAUCUUGUCAGCUUCAUUAUUCCCAGAAAGAAAAUCAAUUAUCUGUUCAGUCGAAUUUUUCAACCAAACAGAAUGAUAAUGAUGAUGAUAAUAAUAAUAACGAUGACAGUGAUUGUUCAGUUUUUAGUGAACGUCUUUUAGCUGAAAUUGUUGUAAAUACUGGUGAAGUUUCACAAGAUUUAUUGCCAAAUCCCAAUCGCUUCAUUGAUAGUUAUUCACCUUCUUUAACAAGCAGUACAGAUUCAGAUGUUAAAAAAACUGAACUCUUAAAAAAUGAAGAUGAUAUUAAUCUGUUACAACAUGAAAUGCACGAAAGUUCAUCAUCAGUUAAAAAUUGUAAACUUCAUAUGUAUACUGAAAAUGAUGUUCAUUUAGAAAGUGAAUCAUACCAAAAUUCAUCAACCACAGAAUCUGUCAGGAAAUCUAAAGGUUAUAUGAUUGAUGCUACUCCAUUGGAAUUGUUGACUAAAUCGAUUAAAAAUCAUCUUUCAUCUAGUGAUGUUGUUUCUGCUACUCCUAUGAUCCUAACAAACGAAACAGCUUCAACUCCUUUAACAUACAAUCGAGCAAACGUCCUACUUGCACGAGACUCUGAUCCAGGUUGUAUUGUUCAAUCAAUGGAUAAUCAUUUUGGAUUGACUAUUCGUUCGUCUACUUGUUUGUCUGCUGAAGAGUCAGUAUUUACUAUUGAGGAGAGUGAUCUAGUGACAAGCAAUGCAGCUAAAAGCAUAGAUGAAACCAGUGGACCUGAAAAAAAUGAACUAAUUCUGAACGGGUCAUCUGUUGAUUUAAAUAAUAAUAAUAAUAAUAAUAAUAAUAAUAAUAAUAAUAAUAAUAAUAAUAAUAAUAAUAAUAAUAAUAAUAAUAAUAAUAAUGAGUUCACUUCAAAUUCCGAUCGUCAAUCUACAGUUCAACAUGUGAAUGAAUCAGUAAUAAGUAAUGAUUCCUUGCAAAUUGUAGUUGAUGAUAAUUACGGUUCAAGAAAAUCACGAAUAUUCAAUGGUAUUUGUCCAGAAAAAGAAGAAAAUAUACAGUUGGAAUCAACUAACUUGUGUACAACAACAACUCCUACUACUACAAUUAUCAAUAAUAAGAAUGAACAUUGUGGCUUGAUCACUGUUAACGAUCAUGAUAUUGUUUGUGAUAAUAUUACAGUAACAUUACAGCCCUUAGAAAAUCUUCAAAUUUUUCAUUAUGGCAUACAAAAUCAAGAUGAUCAAUUUCUUAAUAACAGUAGUAUAUCUAAUAAAGAUCAAAAUAUUCACAAUGAUUCACCUUUUAAAAUUAAUGAACAUAAUUCUUCAGAGAAGAAGGCUGAUAUCGUUUUAUCUCAAGAAUGGGGAUCGGAUAUAAUUCAUACUGAGAUUUUGUCUGAAAAAGUUCAAUAUAACAAUUUUAUUAAUAAUAAUAUUAGGAAGAAAAACACUAAAUCCAGUCGUUUUACUUCAUCAAAAUGUAAUAUACGGGGUACAGAUUAUAAAACAAAUACUAUCACAAAACAAAAACGGUGUAAUUCGAAGCCUAAAAAUCAGCUAAGUAUGGAGCAAUCUGUUGAAAAUCCUUUACACACUGAACAACAACGAUUGGCUGUCUCAGAACUGGCCAAAACUGAUAUACCCCAGUCAAUACCUUCAUCUAAGUAUGAUGUUACUAGUGAGCGAUCUCAAUUAACACCGGAUGAUAAUGAUUGUAAACUUCGUCGUUACAUUGAACAAUGUUCAUUAUUUCGUUCCACUAGAUCAAUCCGAAAUCGACCUUCUGAACGUGUUACCAAUUGUACUUUACCAGGUUCUUUAGGUACUGUAAAGUUUCGUAGUCGAAAAAAUAAACAAAAGUUCACAUCAGUUAUUUCAUCAAUUCAUUUAGAUAGUCCUAAUUCAGAUUCGGAACUACAAGAUUGGAAGUGUUCAUGGUCUCUUAUACAUCAUGAUAAUAAUGUCAAUUGUAAUACUAAAAAAGUUACUAAUCAAUCAAGUUAUAAUCGACCUCGUGCACCACAUAUUCCUAGUCCAUUACAUUUAUCAGGAAGUAUUUUAAGCGAAGAACCUUCUCAAUUAUUUGAUGAAAAAUUAGAACAAAUGAAAAAUGAAUCAAAUAUUUCUCCAUCGAAAACAAAUAAUUCAUCAAUCAAAACUAUCAACAACAAUAUCCAUAAAAAUAAAUCAUGUAUUUUAGAAUCUGCUGUCAAAUUAGCUGGUUUUGAUGAAUCACCAGAGAAUGAUCCUUUAGUGAAGAAUACAUUAAAUAUUAGUGAACGCCUAUCUCUACCAUCAUUUUCUGAUCUUACACCUAAUUCAUUUAAUGCUAAAAUUUGUAUCGAAGCAAAAAGCAAUAAUGAACAACAACAGUUUAGUCCAUUAUUUCCUACUUCUACUUUACCAAUAACAUCGUUGUCUGAUGAGUAUACAUCAUCACCUGUUUUAAUGAAACCUAAAAGAAACAUGAGAAAUUCAUGUACAACUAGAAAAAGAGCAUUCACAUCGCUUACUACUAGUUCAGCUACCAAUAAUAGUGCUAAUAAUGAUAGUAAGGAUUGUCUAGUACACAAAAAUUCUAAUAAUAAUAAUAAUAAGGUAGGUAGAACUAGGAAAACAUUAUCAUCUAUACCCAAAGAAAAUAAUCUAUCAUUGCCUACAGAUAAAACAAUUAAACAGAAUUCGAGGAAGUCAAAAUUUGAAGUGAAUAAUAACUCUCUUGAAAUGCCUAUUCGACGAUCUACACGACUUAUUUUACAGUCUGAUAAAAGUUGUAAUAAACCUCCCCUUGCUGUUGCUUCAACGUUGCAGCAUCAUAUACCACCUAUUGUGAGUAUUCCAGAAGAUAAGUGUAGUAGUAGAAGGACUAGGAGUAGCGCUUUAAUCAAUUUAAAACCAGAAAAUACUGCAAAAAAUCAACGAAAAAGACGGAUGACAACAUGUACAAAUGAACCGAAAGAAGAAAUUCUUAAAAUAUUGAACACUGAUUUCAAUAAUACUUCCUCAACAUCUACUGGAUCAUCUAGAACCAACACUACUAAUUCCAUUCAAUUAGUAUUCAGUGGUGUUGAAUCUUCAAGUUAUUCAAACAUUCUAAAAAAACUGAAUGCAUUUGAAACAGAAGAUCCUACACUUGCUGACUAUUUAAUUACUGAUCAAAUUAAACGUACCUUAAAAGUAUUAUAUGCUAGAGCACGGGGUAUACCAAUUAUUUCAGUGGAAUGGUUAAAAGCAUGUAAACAAUCUCGUAAAGGUUCAAAUCCAGAUCCACUUAAUUUUAAAUUACAUUAUUAUAAUACACAGUCUAUGCAUACUACAGUUUCAAGUGAACAGUCUACACGAUGUCAUUCCUCAUUUGUGAUGAAAUUAUCUAGAAAUGAACAAAAAAACCAAUUUGAAGAAACAAAUGAAUUCUUAUGUGGUUGGUCUUUUUGUUCAACUCCAAAUGUUUUACCAUCUUCUAUGGAUUUACAAAAACUUACACAGUUUGCUGGUGGUUAUUGGAUGUCUGAUGAAGAUUUAUGUAAUGCUAUGAAAAAUUUGGAUGAUAUACCUAUCAAAUCAGUUAUUAUCACAACCAAAGAAGAAUAUAAUUCUAUGUUAUUGUUGAAUUCAAAAUCAUCUUGUAAAAAUUCCCGACUUUCAAGAAAUUCAAAAGAAUGCAAACAAACCACUCCAAUUUUACGCGCUUUAUCUUCAUUAAUUACAGUAUCUACUGAUUGGUUCUUACAAACUAUUAUGAAUCGUAAACCUCCAAAUUGGCCUAUUGAUUCACAAUAUAAGUAA